AUGUCUCAGACGCAAAUGCUUUCCGUCCAGCCGCGCUACUCGCCCAUGAGGGAUGUGGUUCACCGACACGAGGGCGGGGUGAGCAAGAGCAAGAAGAUUGCCCUGACUGGGAGCGGUCGAGCUUGGAGAGAGGACGAGGAAGCAUAUCUCCUCCAGACUCGCCUUCAGAAGAUGCCGUACAAACACAUUGCAGCCCAUCUCAACAAGACGGAGCUGGCAUGUCGGCUGCACUACCACCAGCUCUCUCACGGUAGCACGCGGCGGAAGCGCGCGACAUCGUGCUCGUCUGGCUCGUCGGACCCGGCGUCUAGCCACGCGGGACUGGCGCCGAGCCCGAGGCCCAUGAGCAAGUCUCGGUCUCUCUCACCGGCGAUGGGCAUGGGAGGCGGCUACAUGCCGACGCCGCCGACGAGCGACAUGCAGCUACCCAGUAUCAUGACUUCAGACAGGCCGGCGCGGCUUCCGGCCAUCCUGCCGAAACCGGAGCCCAUGGGGUAUCCCCCCCUCCGCAGCGAGUCGCCGCAGCGGUACCCCAUGACGAUGGAGCCGACGCACGAGGGCCUGGCACCACCGGUGAGCCUUUCGCGCAGCAGCACGCCGUUCCAAUCCCCAGGGCCACCUCUGCGGCUCGACUGCGGGACGGGCUCGAGGUACUCUUCGCCGUCGGCACCGGUGCAUGGACCCAGGCAUGUGGACCUGCCGCGGCUGCAGGCCAUCUACGAGGCGCACCGCAGCAUCUUCUGGACGGCGGUGGCGGACGAGUACGGGGCCAAUGUGCCGCCCAUGGCUCUGGAGCAGGCGUGGAAGACGGGCAGCUGCUGUCCCCAGCGCGGCGGCAGCAACCACCCCAUGACGCCGGGGGGCAGCCCGGAAAACGAGCGCAAGAGGAUGCACCCGGGCGCGGGACAGGACAAGACGCGGAUCUCGUCGAUUCUAGGGGUUGACAUGGAGCCCAUGAUGCGAUAA